AUGAAAGCCCUUGUAUUUUCUCUUUUUUUUUGCGCAGCAUCUGUUUUUUCAAGGAGCGUUGAUACUUCCAAGCAUCUUAGUAGAAGAUCUGGAUUAAAGACUGAUUUAGAUGAAUUAGUUCUUCAGUCUAUAUUUUUUUCAGGUUAUGAUUGCAACAGAUACCGUAAAUCGUUAUGUAUGUCAUGGUAUCGGCAAUAUGGUGGCUCCAAAGGAUUGGGUAGCCAAAUGAAUACGUAUUGUGGAAGAUAUGGUGCUAUUAACUGUGAUGAAAUUUACGAGCAACUUGAGCAAAAAGCCGAAGAACUUGAAGAAACGUUAUCAGAAUUAAGGCAUCCUACAACCACUCAAUGUCAUCACUUUGCAGGACUAUGUUUAUUUUUAAAACCUCUUUUUCCUGAGCUUGAAGAUGCUUGCAACAAAUUUGGAGCUAGAUGUUAUAUGCAAACACGUCAUGAUGCAGCAGUUGGUGUUCUUUUAAAAGGGCUUACUGGUAAAAUGGAUACACCAGAGAAUUGUAGAAAUGCAUUAGGAAGUCUUUGCCUCUACCUUUCUGGACUUUUUCCGGAACUAAGAUCUUUAUGUCUAUUUUGGCCCGGUACAUGCACUCAUCUUAAGAAAAUUGCAGAUGAGCAAUGUCAAAAUCUUGAAAAUGAAUUAGAAGCUGUAUCAGGUGAAAAUUCCAGUGAAGAAAAAUGUCAAUUAGUUGGAGAAUGUUCUCACGUUUCAGGUAAUUGUAAUGAUCAGGUGAAGGCAGACUGUCAAGAACUUACUACAGCAUGUGCAAAGAAUAAACAUGCAAAACGUUCACAAUUAGACGAAAUUCCACAUACAAAUAAGACUUUGGUGGAAGGUGUUUUCAAUAAAACACUUGAAGAGACAAGCGUUUUUAUACAAGUUCAUGAAGCAGUUAGUGAAGAACCACAUGAUCCUUCAUUAGCUCUUAUGCUUUUGGGUGAAAAUGGUCAUCAUCGUCAUCAUCAUCGUCACCUUGAAUCUCAAUGUCAUCGGCAUUUAAACAACUGUUCUCUUUACGAUACUGAUCCACUUAUCAAUGAGUUAUGUACAAAUGGCCAUGAAAAUUCUAAAGGAGAAGAAGCUUGUCACAAGUUUCCACAUAGACUCACUCGGCCUAGCAAUGGUUAUCUUGCUAAUCUUACGAACUUUUUUUCUCAAGGAGGAUCUGUUUUAGGAGAUACUGAUCCUUUCUCUCGUUUAUAUUCUGCUAAUGUUGAUGUGAGUGAAUGUGAAUAUGUUUAUGGACUGUGCUAUUUUUUUGGUCAUUAUGGAGGCAAACAUAUUCAAGAUGAAUGUAUUAAAUAUACAGCACAUUGUUAUGAAACUUCAUUAGCAAAAGCAGCUCUUGAACAUAUAUUGGGUAAAGAUUACAAUGAUUAUUCUAGCUUAACAAGUGAUUCGCAAUAUUGUCAAAAACAACUAGCCAAUAACUGUAAAAAAAUACCUCCUUCAGAUUUAUUUGGACUCUAUUAUUGUCUAAAACUUGAUUCUACAUGUGAUACUUUAGAAAGUGUUUCUGAAUCCCUAUAUCAAGAGUCGGAAGACUCGGAAAAUGGUCUCUUAGAAGAGGGUCCUUCAGAAAAUGAUGAGCCUUCAGAUGAUGAUAAACCUUCAGAUGAUGGAUCCUCAAAUGGAGAGCCACCGAAAAUUGAUUAA